CACAGCCGCGCGACGGCGGGGCGGCCAUGGGCGUGUGCCAGUUCUUCCUGCGGGGCUACUGCCGCUUCGGGGAGCGCUGCUGGAACGAGCACCCCCGCGGCGGCCGCGCCGGCGCUGCCCCGGCACACGUUACCAGUGGAAGAGGAGGAGGAGGAGGAUGGGGAGCCUCUAACCAGAGAUACAGUAAUGUUAUCCAGCCAUCUUCAUUCAAGUCUGAUACGUGGGGUGGCAGCAGAGAUCAUGGAAGAGGAUUCUUCGGCUCCUCUGACUUUGGAUCAUCAGGCGGCAGCAGCAGACAUGCAGACUUCUCCCAGAACAGGUUCUCUGCCUUAGCCAACAGUCAGAGUGAUGGCUCUAAAGAUGAAGAGGAGAGACUUCUUGAAUGUGUAGUGAAAGACAUGGAAAUUUGGGAAUCAUCUGGACAAUGGAUAUUUUCAUGUUACUCACCAAUGAAAGAAAAGCUGAAUGUCUCAGGCUUUUCAGAUGUCUCACCAGAAGAGCUGCGUCUGGAGUAUUACGACAGCAGAGCAAACAAUGUCAUUGGGAAUUAUAUAGAUGCUGUCCAAAAGUUAGCACUACAGUGGAAAAAUCGUCUCCUUCAGUUGAAAGCUUUAAAUGCAUCAACAAAAGCAGCUUUGCUCUCUGCUUUCAAGAGCACGGGCACUCAACCAGCACCUGCCUUUGGAAUGGGAGGACAGCAAACCUCAAGCUUUGGGCUGUCAAGCUUUCCUGUGAGCAGCAGCAGUACCAGUGCCAGCAGUUUCUCCUUUAAAACCAGUUCCAGCCUCGUCAGCUCAACAUCAUCCGGGAGCAGCCCUGGUGCCGGGAGCUCUUCUGCUGCUGCAAAUGCUCCUGCAUUUGGGACAGUGUCCUCUCCUGGCACAGCCCAGUCCGUGGGCUUUGGCAGCGCGGCCGCUCCAUCCGCAGCCUCCUUCUCCUUUAAAACAGCUGCCACAGCCGCUGGCUUUGGGACCUGUGGCUUUCCAGGCUUUGGCAGUGCUGCUGCUGUGAACUCUGCCAGCACCGCUCCGCUCCCAGCCUUUGGAGCCUUCAGUGCCGGCGUAGCCUCUUCCGCCUCGCCCUCGAGCGGUUCUUUAUUUGGACAGAGCGCCAGUGCCUCUGGACAUCCUGUCACUGUCACCUCCGCUGCAGCCACCAGCUCCAGCCCCGCCUCGGAGAAGUUAUUCACGCCCAAGAGUGAAUUAUCAGCUGAAGAGUGGCAGCAGUUUGAAGCAAAGGAGUUCACAAUUGGAAAGAUUCCUCUUAAGCCACCACCAUUAGAACUUUUAAAUGCUUUCGACCUUUUAAGUUUAUUCAGAAGUAAUAUGUUUUAAAAUGAAAUGAAAUGCUACUGUUAACUUCGCUCAAGUCUCCUGCAGGAAUAAAUUUACAAUAUAAAAAUAUGGACAUUGUAUUUUAUAAUUUCUUGUGUUUUAUGGGACAGGAUUUUUACAUCUGAGAAAUGAACUGUUGAAAAUAAAAUGGAACAUUUCUUUCUA